AGGGGCGGGGCUUGUCCGCAGCAGUAAAGGUGCAGAGCACAGAUGUGGAGGUCACUUUUACUUUUAAUUUGAAUUUUGAUACACCUGCCUGAUUAUGCAGGAGCGUGUUUUUAUUCCUGAUGCAGACAGAUCCGCCUGCGAGCUGCAUCCGUUCCUGCGCGUUUGACGCGAAAAAGAAAGCAAAAAAAAGCUGGGUUGCAGAUGAACGGAAGGAGGAGAAAGUGAGAUGAUGGCGGCGGAUGCGGAGGAGACGGGAGGGCGGACGGACCCGUGUGCUCCUCCCGGCAUCAGUCUGAGGCGGAGGGGCUCGGACAGGAGGUGGAGGCUGCGCUCUGUGUAUCUGCAGUGCUAUUUUCUGACAAUUGCAACCAUCCUGGGAACAGGAAUUUUGGGUCUUCCUGUAACGAUAGCCCAUGCUGGCAUGAUGCCCUUCCUCAUCUCCUUCCUUGUUGGUUUCUGUGUUCAGGCCUUACUCAUCUACCUGUUUGUGGAGCUUCUACAGAAAUGUCAGGCAAUGCAGCUGGAGUCUCUAAAGACCGGAGUGGCAGAGUGCAUCAUGAUGAGUCCAGUGAACAUCCAGAGCCCAACCUUCACAGACGAUGAGGAAGAGGAGGAAUAUGAAGCAGACCACGCAGCAGCAGCAGGUCUAAGGGGUUUUGGCUUCUUGGAGCCAGAAGUUUCUUCCAGGGGAGAUACAGGUCUGCUGCAGCCGCACACUGUCACACUGCAGGAGCAGGCGGAAAACCUUCAACCCAACCUAUAUCUCCUGGGGUGCCUCUUCCUGUCCCCGCCCAUGAGCUGCGCCUUCAGCUGCAUUCUCCUCUUCCAGUUUGUUUCAAUUGGAGUUAGUUAUGUGUUAGCCGGCAGUGAGGCGUGUGCAGCACUUCUAAAUGUCAGCCACGUGUACGUGAUCCCAGCCUUCACCUGGAUUCUCACACUUGCUAUCUUGCUGGCACACUCGAUUAUUCAGCCGGUCACUUCCGUGCUCACCUUCCUCAAGGGAAUUCUGCUCAUCAUCACGGUGGCUGUAACAUUUGUGGUGGGGUCAGAGGUCGGCCAACAAAGCAGCAGUGACUUCAGUCAGAUGGGGAAGCCGUUCCUGAUGGGCACCGUGGCUCUGGGGGGGAUCGUGAACGUGAUGCCUCUGCUGUUCUCACAGAUCUCCCACGACAGAAUGCAGAUCCUGUGGUUUCGCAGAGCCGUGCUCGGUGGUCUGGCGACGUGCACUCUGCUGAACAUCCUCUGGUGCUGGGCUGUGCUUCACAUCGUCCCACAGACAUCAUCGGCACCCCCCUCCAGCGGCUCGCCCAGGCCUCCAUCAGAUCACGCCCGUCUGCCCUCCAACAUCUCUCUGGAGGAUUCUGAGAAAGCGGGAGAGAUCGCCACCAUCCCCCUGACCAAGAUCAUCAUUCAGCGGUACCAGAGCUACUGGUGGGUGGCUGAGCUCAUCCAGGUGUUCAUCGCCAUCAGCGUCACCGUGUCCUUUCUGGUGAUGGGGUCUGCCAUGAAACACACAUUGGACGGGUUGGUGAGCUCGCUGUGGGCGUGGAGGCUGCAGGGGCUGACUGAAGUGUGGGAGCGGCUCUUCCCAAAGCACCAUCACUUGUGCUCAGCAAGAAGUUUUGUCAAAGGUUCUGUAUCUCUGCUGGGGUUUGGGCUCAUCUUCAUUGUAUCUGCAUGUGACCCCCGGGGCUUCGUGGUCAUGCUGGACAAGGUGGUGUCGUUCUCCCUGAACACGGAGGUGGGACUGUUUGUUUUCAUCAUGCUAAGAGAAUCUAAAGAGCAGCGCUUUCAACACCUCCCGAUCCCUGUGCCGGUAGGAAACUGUACCUUCAGCUUCUCGUGGCUGCUGCCCACCUACUUCAUGUUUGCAGUGAUCUACGACGUCCUGCAGACGCUGGCAGAGGUGUUCCACUACUUCCCGUUCCACAGCCUGAGUGAGGAGACACGCCCACUGAACCUGACAGGGAGCGCCACUGCAGCUAAUGGGACCGCGUCAGUCUGACCCGAGGCGACCGUUAAGCCAUGAUAGCCUCACCUCUGCAGCUAAAAAGCGUCGACUCUAAGGUGCGCACACAUCUGGCUGGUGUGGACAUCUGCAGGACAAACCAGGACGGAGCUUUUUUCCGCAGAACGUUAAAGUGCAAGCCCAUCAUUACAUGAAAAGAGCAGAGGAGCAAGCGCAGCACUGAAGUCCACCUCAACGCACUCACCGGGAAACGUGGAGAGAAGUCCUCCAGUUUAGAGGAAAACACUGAGGAUCAGAAGAGACUUCAGGAAAUCCACACCACCGUGGAUUUGGCGCAGUGAAGUGCCAUACUGUAAACAACCAGCUAAGGUCAGACAUGUUCUGUUCAUGAGUGAUCUAACCCUAUUUCAAGAAGAGGUCCCCUUGAAAGAUGAAACCAGGUGUCACUACAUCAAAAAGGUUCAUUCAAUUAGACUCCUUGAGUUAUAUUGGCUCCGUAACCCUUGUGUUAUCCUAGGCACUUUAACAUUGGGAGUUGGGUCAUCUAGACCCACUAGACAGUGCUCUGAACCUUUUUUCUUCAAUGAUUUGUGAAC